AAAUGGAAACAAUAGGGGGGUGUUCCUGUCAAUUACGUUUGGUUGUGCUGUAGCAGAGGUGCAGGUUGGAUCUGCAGUUGAAUAACUCGCCCCCCUGCACGUUUUAAGUUUCCUUAGAACUUUUCGUCUAAAGAAAGAAAAGAAGACGUUUUGCGGAACUUAAAGAAAAAUCACAAGAAGUGGGAGUGCUUGAAUUCACAAUUCAGUCGUGUUUCUGGUAGUUUGUGGACUAACAUCACGUGGCUAUUAAUUAGUCACCAAAAAACGGAAAGGCUUCUUCAACAUGGUCAAAGCCUUUUCCAAGGCACUGCUUUAUUACGUACUUCCUAUUUUUUGUUUUAUCGUGUCGGGUCUGAGUCAAAGUCCUCUAAGGCAGGAUUCGAAUCAUGCAAUUACAGGUUCUGAAAAAUUCAACACAGCAGCUCUCUUUCCUUCGAUAGCAGAUCAGCUAAAAAAAUUAAGCCAUAUUCGAAACCCUAGGCAAAUUGAUUCAGGGAAGCUUUAUAUGGAUCAUAGUGAUGUUUGGGUGGUACAAGGCUUCAAGAAUUUCCGAGGCUGUCCGAAAGCUGCACAACAAUUCAAGGUUUUCCAAAAUGCUGAAGAUUGGUACGCCGUGAUUGCUACCAAUGCGGUGGAAAACAACACAGAAAUUUACUCAUUUUCUACGCUAAACGGAUGUGAAAAAUUACUCGAAACGCUUCCGACCCGCCUGGCGUUCGAUUUUGAGGUCGUCCGCACUAAUGACGUCAUACGUAUAGUCGUUUUGGAGAAGACCCCAGCCAAAUACCCACACAAACGGAUUGGAUCUUCAGUUUACACCAUUAACUUUGCCACUAAUGUGACUAUCAGCGCCAACAGAAGAGAAGCGCUUCGCAGCGAAGAUCCCACUUGCAUCACUUCUUGGGAACAGUUUGGAAUUCCACACGUCGCUAUUUGUAACGGCAAGAAUCGUGAUUUUAGAGGAAUUGAAAGCUACUGGGCAAAGUCGUAUAUUUACUGUGCUAGUGGAGGCUAUUUUGAUCGGUGCGGAGAAAUCGAGACACACUUUCCGAAGGCGAUCCGACACUUCCGCAUAUUUUCCAAGCACUAUUUAGCUGUUGCCAAUUACCCUAACGAAACUGUGGCUGAAGAUGUCCCCACUGAAAUUCUUCGAUAUGAUCUUGGCUCAAAAAUGUAUAAACAGUUGCAGUUUUUGCCAACCAAGGGUGCAUCUGAUGUGUGCUUCUUGGACAUUGGUACGGGACUGAAUACCCUCCACUUCCUCGUGGUUGUGAAUAGGCUUACUUUCGAUUCCACAGGAAAGGGCAAUAACGAUGCCACAUCGCAUGUUUAUAAAUUCAUUGGCGAAAAAUUCGAACCGUUUCAGUCUAUUGCUAUUGACAGUAAAACGACGGGAUGCUUUGCUUAUCAGGAGAAUGGUGGAAAAUCGGCUUUGAUAUUUUCCACUUGGUGGGGAGUAGAUGUUUAUCAAUACAAUGGAUGGCGUUUUGUAAGGGUCGUCCAGUAUUCCAGCUUCGCUCUCGGUUCUGGAAUCAACACUCUUGGAACUCUGAAGAUGAAUAAGGAGACUUUUAUAACUGUUGCAAACUCUAAUCCAGCAAAAUCCUUCAACGACAACUUGUUUUCACUAAAAUUCUCUCAACAAUUAAACGCCACCCUAUCUACCGUUUUCUCAAAGGGCAUGUCAACAUGUCAUCAACUGAGAUCUGAACUUGAAGUCGAUCCCUUGAGGCUCAUAACGGAAUUGUAUCCACGUGCCGUUAAGAAGAAUGACACUGUUAUCCAGUUGGGCAAGGUCGAUUUCAGUUCUUUGAAAGCUGGUCGCGUCUGGACUAACCAGGUGGUACUGAAAUCAAAUAUGUCGAGAUUGGGAGCUACUCAAGUGAUCCAGCUGAAAAGACUUGGUAAUAAAAUGGAACAGCUAGGCCUUAAACUUCAGGCAUUGACGAAACGCUUUAAACAAGCCAUGCGAACCAAUGGCGACUACGUCAUUCAUGGAAACGUUCAUUUCAAAUCCCUCGUAAGCACAUGUCGAGGCUCGGAUAAACUAUCUGAAGGAUGUGUUUUUGAAAAUGUUACCGCAAAAACCAUCAACUCCGUUGAUAUCGCGGAUACCUACCAUCAGGCCGUCAUAGACUCCGACAAGCCAAUUUCUUCUCUCAAAACAAAGCGUCUCGAAAUUCGCAAUGGACACCCAAUCAAAACAGUUUCCUUAUCCGGCCGUGGAAUCAAAGAAUACAUCACAGUGGACGAGGAUCUUAAAUUCCCAGACAAAAUCAGAAUUGAAGGAAAUUUGCUUGUGAAUGGCCAUCUCGGCGUCAAAGGACUGGUUGACGAACGCGAGAUUUCACCUAAUUCUUUACUUUUACGGCAAGGCAUUCAACAUCUCAACUGGACGCUGAAGACUACCGAUGUUCAUCUUAAAAAUCUGAAGGCCCAUUCUAUAAACGGAAGAAAUAUUAGUCAUUUAUACCAAAACGCCAUUUCAAACACAGGGAAUUUCACUUUGCUUCAGCCAAAAUUCUUCUCUUCACUUUCCGUUUCCAAGCUUGAUCUAAAUGGAUUAAUCAAUCAAAUCAACCUCACAAUUUUGGAAAGUAAUUCAAUGAAAUUAGUUGGAGGUCAAGUUGUCACAGGCAUCCAUGGAUACCUUAAUGCUCACCUUGGGCGAGUCGUUCUGAACGGUUCGUUAAAUGGAAAACAGUUUCCGGCAGAUUUUGUUUCUGUUGGCAAAAACGAUCAACUGAAAUUCAAGAAGUUGCAACUCACUCAAGACGCAGCGAUGGUUCGCUUAACAGUCACCGGGAAUAUUGACGACAUGCGUGUAACGAACGGUAGUUGGGGGACUAACUUAUUCAAGAAAUCAAGCAUUCCAAAACAGGUGGUCACUGGUAGAAAAAGAUUCGAAAAUCUCAACUCAAAUUGGGACGUUUUCUCUAAGACGUUCAAUCAACGCCCAAUGGAUGUUUUUACAACAGAUAGCAGCCUGUACGGUCACACUGAAGAAUUACUUACCUACGAUUCAGUAACAGUACAAGGAGAUGUCACGUUUGAAAAGCCUCUUUCUGUGAAUGACACGGAAGGUGUUGGCAUUCAGAUGCUGGAAGAAAACGGAAUUUUGUUGUCAACAAAAGAUUUCCCACCACUUAGGUCGAUAACGUUCAAGGAAAAUGUCAGGAUCAGCGGUGAUCUUACCCUCGUAAAAUUGGAUGGGGUGCUUGUGUCUGAUUUUAUUACUAAAGAUAGAAGAAUCCCAUUCGAUUUUAAUGGUCGAAAGGAGUUCAGCAAUCCGGUAUCGAUGAAUCAUACUUUCACGCUCCUGUAUACCCUUAAUGGUUAUGAUUUGAGAGACUUGUGGAAGAGAUCUCUGAAAAUUGAUGGUGACCAGAUGCUUCCGGGCGCCUUGCUCAUAAAGAAUGACGUCGACAUAGUCAAGAUCAAGGCUCAGAACUCGCAACUUGUUUCGUUGACUUCGCAUACUGUGUUGACUGGCAGUAAGCACUUCCAAAAGUUACGCAUCGAAGGAAAUUGGUUUGCUGACACACUAAACGUAGCUGGUUUAUUUAAUGAUGUGGAUAUGAGUUCCUGGAAAAGUGAUACAGUCCUUAAAACUGGAGAACAUCAAACUAUUAUUUCACAGAAAAGUCUAAUUUCUCUUACUGCUCAAAAUGCGGAAAUAGUAGCGAUGGACGAUCUUGACAUUAAACGUCUGUUGGAUGUAGUUUUGGUCCAUCAACCUGCUACCCUUUAUUCCGACAUAGUGCUGAACGGAACGGUUUUCACCAAUGGAAUAGUCGUAAAUGGUAAUAUCGAUGGAGUGGACAGCAAUGCUCCAUUGAACUGGCUACGCUAUGGAGUAAAUCAAAAUUUAUCCGGUAAUGUUGAAGUUCGAGGAUCGCUGGAUGUAGGUGACUUUCGACAAGAUUCUUGGAUGGUGAACGGUGUCGAUUUGAACGUAUUGCUCCAAGAUGCAGUUCGUAUUAAUGACCUUAAAGAGUUUUCCUCCCUUAAAUUUGAUCAUAUUGUUAUAGAUGACCUGAAAGUGGAAGGCCUUAUUCAAGGACAUAAUGUCACUGAAGAACUCGUUCUGAAAGACUCCGAUGUUCAUCGAACUAUUUCGGGUGUUAAAUCCUUCGCUGGGCCCCUCGUUUCAGACUCGCUUCGCGUGGUAAAAGAUCUGAAUGGUGUGGAUCCAAAGCAAGUGUGUCAGAACCCAAUACCUCCCCAAACCUCGAAAUGGAUCGUAUAUGGUAAUGUGUUAAUGAAGCGAGAUACCAAACUGAACACAUCAAAGGUCAAUGAUCUAAUGCUUGGUGAAACAACACGUCAUCUAUGGCUCAAAGAAGCUAAUGUUGACAUCAAGCCUCAACAGAAGUUUAAAGAUGUCAUUAUGAAUGGAGUUCUCUCAGAGAGAAUAGUUAACAAGGUGAAUUUCACGGAUUUGAAUCGACGAUCAGUCAAACUCUCGUCUCUUCCUGAGCAACGCAUUAACGCUUUUCAUCGGUUCCAAUCUCUGCAAGCUAGUAAUAUCACAGUCGAGUCGUUAAACAGUUCCCGGAUAAACGAUAUUGAUGUCAGUCAUAUUACGCACGCUGUUUUGCUCCGAGAUACGGAGCAGAAUAUUUCAAAUCCCAUUAAGUUCCAGGAUGUCAUCGCAUCGAACGUAACCAUGGGCGGUUUGCUGAACGAAGUGGAUGUCAACACAACUCUCAUGAGAAUCGAUCGGGGAAAUGUGGUAACUGGCAAGAAAUCUGUGAAGACGCUUUCAGUACAAGGUUCCAUCGAUGUGUGCAACAAUUGUUCAGUUGGAACAUUCGACAUAUCAAACUGGGCCUCGAGAGCUGUGCUUCGUAAAGGCAACUUUACACUUCCAGGAGCAAAAUUCGAAUCCCUGGUGUUUCAACAGCCUUUGAAUUUGAGUGGUACACUUAACAACGUCGCAGUUAGCCGUGAUCAUGUGCUUACUCUCUCCGACCAGCAAGAGAUGAAUGGACCCCUGUCACUUUCUUCGUUGCUUCCUCACAACAUGUUGUUUUCAAGUGAGCAAGUACCACUUUAUCAACAAUCAACAGAAGGAUUCAAAGUGGCUGGGCAAUUUACGAAGCUUCAAGUUAAUGGAUUAUAUGACGGCAUUUCCUUGCCACAUUUCUACGAUCAAUUAGUUCGACGUGAUACAAUUAUGGUGUUUUCAGAGCCGGUGGUUCUGUUGAGUUUGAUUGCCAGGAAUUUCCAAGAUUCUUCCACCAAUUCUACCAUCGGCGAUAUUAUUACGCUACCGUUAAAUGCUACUCACCACGUCGCUGAUAGUCCUGUUAUUCCUCCAGAGAUGCGUCAACGCUCCUUAUCUUCUUUGGUCCAGAAAAUCAAGCGCGUUGUCUCACGUCAGUCAGUUGAACUCAGGUUCUUUGAAGAAAUGACAGUACCUAGAGCGAUACCACGGUCAGCGGAUUACAUUUAUGCCUGGGAGACUCGAGGCGGCGAAAUUGAGCUGUGCUCCUAUGAUGAAGCGCAGGGAGAGUUAUUUUAUAGCUCAUCAACCUCACCGUUAAUGAAGGGCGUGGAGUUGAGUGGCGUUGCAUAUCUCAGAGAUACUGAAGAUUUUGCUGUGGCUGCCCUGAACAGCAGUAGUUCACAAGAAAACCAGGGUUCGUUUAUCUUUUCCCCCAGAGCUUCAGGCGAACUUGCUAGGCAAACAAUCCCUACCAAUUUUCCAAUUGGCGCUACUGCAUUUAUGCUUUCCAACAGUUCUUGCUACCUGUUUCUUGAAUUGACAUCUGAUUCACUUAUUUAUUGCCGAUCGUUGGGGUCUAACGGAACUUACGACUUGUUUCAGCGCUUACCCACUGUUGAUGGCCGACUGGUUACAGUCGGUUACCAUUACAGCACGGGAUUACCUCUACUGACCAUUGCAAGUGUAGCACAGCGAGGAUACGGUCACAUUACAGUCUGGAAUUUCAAUGUUACAAGCCGAUGGUUUCAACCCUGGAAAACAAUAGUCACCUUACAGAUAGUUGCCUUGGAUUGUGUCUGCAACGAGGCUCAAUGUCUUUUGGUCACCGUUGCACCUUCUAAACCGGCAGCCAUUCCUGGUCAAGUUAUUGUUUGGAGUUUGAAUGAUGUUGGACCUCCGACAAGAUUACAGAGAAUCACGUUUUCUGAGCCCAUCGACGCUAAAUUCUCUCGAUUGCCGGACGGGCGUCUAACAUUAAUGGUUCUUCAGACUAACGGUGUUGACAAUGUUUCCGUUUACGUUUGGAGAGGCCUUUUGCAAUUCCAACACGACACUACUGUCCGAGUUCCCGGAGCGAAGUUUCUUCAACUGAUUUCUAAUGACGCCAAAUUGAUGCUUGCCUUAUCUGUUACCUCGUCGAUCGUUACUGAAUUGCCCUAUGGCCCGUUGAGAAUGUUCCGUGCCCAAUUUGUUGGUCAAAUAUCCACUAAUUAACUAAUCCCUGAGUCCCUUUGCUUCUAGUCAUUUUCGUUGUAAUUUAUUUUCUUUGUUUUUGAAGGGUCCUUGUUAAAAUGCAAACUGUAUGUCCCUUGAAAGAAAGGUAUAAAAGAUUAGAGGCUUUCAA